GAAAAACCUGCCUUCCAUCCCCUCUCAAAAUUAUAAUUCAUCAAGUUAAUAAGUGAACUUGAUGAAUUUAUAUCUAUAUCGUAUUACAGUACCUAUAGACGAAGCAAGCCCACGAAUCCGCCCUCAACCCACCCACCCAUCCAUCCAGAAACUCUCUCCCUCCCCCCUCCAUCCUCCUCCAUCCUCCCCCCAGAAAACAAAGAUGGCAAUCCAAAAAGUCGCCAAAGCAGCAGCAGCAGCAGCAGCAACCCACGCACCGCGCCAAAUAAACGCCGUCGUCGUAUCCAGCGGGCUAAUGGAAAAAACCGUAAAAGUAAGAAUCGGCACUCAAGUAUGGAACGAGCAUUUGCAAAAGAAAUUCAACUCCAAAGCCCACCUCCUAGUCCACGACCCGCGCUCCUCCCUCACAACCGGCGACAUAAUAACCAUUACGCCCGGCCACCGCACCUCCAAAACCGUACACCACGUCGUCUCCUCGAUCAUCGCGCCCUUCGGCCGUCCCAUUUCCGAACGCCCUCCCAUCCCCAGCGCCGAGGAACGGAUUGCGGAGCGCGAGCGAAAAUUGAUGGCGAAGCAUAUUCGGAAGGGGAGUUGGAGUCGCUGGGGGUUUGAGCGUGAUCCGAGGGGGAUAGAGGGGAGCGAGUGGUUUGUCGAGGGGUUUGCCGAGGCGCAGAAGGGGAAGGGAGAGGUGGUGAAGGCCGAGGAGACGGCGAAUGGGAACGGGGAGGAGAUAAAGCUUGUGUAGUGAAAAGGAAAAUGGGUGGGGAUACGGGUGCAUAUGCAUGCAAAAUUUGGCGUUUUAAGGUGUAUCACAUAUCCGUGUACAGGAAGUGUAUGAAGACGGGAUUGUAUCAUAAGUAUCAUGUAUAAAGAAUGACACGGGAAAUGAACGCA